CGCCUGCGUGCUGCGGCGCCCCCUGCCGGCGUGCGCGUGCCGGGCCCGCGGGGCUCUUAAAGGCGCCGCGUCCCGGUACCGACCCCCGGCCCCGGUACCGGGAUGGAGGCGGCGGCGGCGACAACGGCGGCUCCGGGCUGGCGCUGCCGGCCGGGGGGACGGCUGGACAUGAGCCACGGCUUCGUGCGGCACAUCCGCCGCAACCAGCUCGCCAGGGACGCGUACGACCGCGCGGUGCGGCAGGCGCGGGGCCGAGCGCGGACGCGGCUGACCCCGGCCCCGGCGCGGCCCCGGCGGCCCGACCAGCAGGUGUACCGGCCCCACCGGGGCAGCGGGGGUCCCGGCGGCGACGCCAGCGCGGGCCCCCCCCCCGAGGCCCGCGGGGCCCCCCCGGACCCCGCCCGCGGGCCGCGGCUCUUCUGCCUCGAGUACGAGGGGGACGACGGGCAGGUCACGGCCGUCAUCGUGCACCAGGGGGACAGCGCCGAGGAGGUGACACGCCGGGUGUGCGCCCGGAGCCCGCUGGAGCCCCCCCUGCGCAGGGCCCUGUGCCAGCGCGUGCAGGACGAGCUCAGCAAGCGCCGGGGCACCGGGUAACGCUGCCGCACUCCCCCGGACACUGCCACCCCCAUGGGACCGGUGCCACCCCGGGGACCGGUGCCACUUCCCCCCGGUGUCAAUAAAGGUGCUGCGAGGC